AUGAAUGUCGAUGGGACUGCGUAUCAAAUCGAAUGGACAGCCGUAGAUCCGACCGCUGCCGUGGACACUACUGAUCUACCUUCAAUCGACUAUACUCUCUAUUUGAUGAAUGCCGUGAAAUUUCACACAUGUCAGAUGUACAGACCGUUCGAUGACGAAGAGUUCACGCGCAAUUUGUACGAAUUUCAUCAACUUGGACUUGAAAAAAUCAACUCUUCUAGACUCUGGUUUGUUCAAUUCCUAUUGAUUGUGGCCCUCGGAAAAGCUAUGGUCAUUACGGUGAAAGAUCCUACCACCGCUCCUGGUUCACUAUGGUUCCAACGUGCGAUGUCCCUUAUGCCAGAUUUUGUGCGUCUUCAGCGCGAGUCCGCCCUUGCCAUCCAGGUUCUAUGUCUCGUGGCACUGUACCUCGUAUCAGUUGACAUGAAAGAGGCUGCGUAUGGAUACAUCGGUCAAGCCGUCCGCCUCUGUCUUGUAGACGGUUUACACCGCGACACACCCCGUCAGGCGAUGGGUGAAAAAAUGGCAAGUCACUAUCGAGAUAUCUGGUGGACAGUGUACAUUCUCGAUCGAAGAUUGUCGUCAAUGAUUGGUGCACCAAGUUCCAUCCAGGACGCAGAUAUCACCUGCCCGCUACCAGGCAUAGAUGAUGAUUCCCACCGAGGAAGAGUUCUGAACAUCCAUGUCAAAAUAUCGAGGCUGAUGGCUCAGAUAUUGAAUUCCGUAUACAGUGUUGAACGCCUUAGUCGACCAUUCGUUAAGAUCAUUCAAACUGUUCUGAGGGACAUGGCUGCAAUGGCCCAUGAAAUGGAUGCCGUGUUUACUUCGGCUGCCCAUGGGGAAAUCGGGGCCGUCUCAACAGUAGCUUCGCACAUCAAUUUGUCCUAUCACCACUGCAUCCUCCUGGCCACUCGACCGUUGUUGCUACACCUCAUGAUCGCUCGCCUUCGCGGAACCUUGGGCUCCAACGACUUAGAGAAGACAAUGUUGCCACAGACGAAGGGCUUGCUUGAUACCUGCCUACAGUCUGCACGAAUGACGCUUCGGAUUUUGUCAACUUUGUAUGAGCACCAUUUGUUGGAUUCAUUUUUACCCUUUGAUCUCGAGAGCAUAUUCUCUGCAGCUUUUAUCGUGACCAUGGCAUCUGCUAUCGUUCCAUCCAUGAUACCCGAUGUAGCUUCAUUCAAAGCCACUAGCUACCGGAUCCUGGACUACCUUAUUCGUAAGGGCAAUAUACCGGCACAAUUCCGGAAGCAAGAACUCCUCUGCUUAGAUGAGAUGAUUUUGCCCCUUCUCAACCAGGGCGACCAAGGCUUGUCCCAGCAGACUCACGAUCAUGAUGAAGUGCCUAAUAUGCAUCCUCUAGAUCUAGGACUGUUUAGUGGAUGGAGUGCAGCACCAGGAGAGGGUGGACUAAGUCCGUCCCAGAUGUUGAACAUUGCUGAUCAACUAGAAAACCAGGCCGAACAUUUGACCAGUAUGGAUAGAGCAUGGGCUGCAACCAGUCCGUGGGCUUGGUGGUGGGAGCGUCAGAACGACCCAGGAAAUCCUUAUCCUGCCAUUUGA